CGUUUUGCACCUCAUGUGCGAACGAUCCCAUGCGCAAGCAACGGCGAAGGGAGGCAGGGAUGAGCCUCUUUCUUGCCGCCCUCAGAUUUUGGGCUCAGCUCGCAGACGUGAAAAGAAGGCAAUUUCUCAGGAAAUGGCAGAGAGCGCGACAGCAUCAGCUCGUGGGCAAGACGCCGAGGUGGCGGCGGCGGCGGCGGCGGCAGACGGCAGCAGCACCUCAAUGCUCCCCAGCUCCGUCGCAGCGUGCGAACAAGCACUGCACAAGUAAGCAGGUUCCAACCAAGCCACACACCACACCCGUGCACUGCACACAAAGUCGAAGGUGCACGUGCGUGGCUGUUCAGGUUCAGAUCAGCGUAUGAGGAAGUGCAGGUGGCCAUCCAGGCGCUUUGCCAGGAGAACGAGACGCUCAGACGCCAACGAGACGAGCAGACGCGCCGUGUGGAGCAGAUCCGCGACCUCAUCUCCUGUGACUCAAACCCGGCCCCUCUCAAACGGGCGCGGACCGUCGCCGCAGUUCCUCUGUAAGCAAGGGGGGGAGAUCGAGGGGAGGGAGACCAGGCGCACCGCACCGCACCGUCUGUAUGUCUGGCUGUCUUUCGGCGUGUGUGAUGCUGAUGAUGCCUGUAGGGCCGAGCCGUCCCCUCUGCUGCCUCAUAUAGCUCGUCACCAGUCAGAUAUACCCCAGCCGAGCCAGUCUAUCGUUCCUGAGACCCAGACCCACCCGAGGCAGCAGAGGGAUGAGGAAGACCAGCACGGCGCGGCUCGCCCACCCCUGUCGGACACGUCAACCCCACCAUCGGACCACCACACACAGCAGACACAGCAGACACAGCAGGCGCAGCCGCCAGCACCAUCAUGCAAGGGGCCUCGCGAGGGCGCUGCGGAAGAGAGAGCUGGCGAGUCGGGUGACGAGCAGCGUGCCGCCACGGCAACGGGGGUUGCGGCAGGGAGGGAUGAGGGCUGCCAUGGUGCCCAAGGGCAUCAGCAUGAGGGCUCCUCAGAGGGCGACCAGUCGCUGGAGCCAGAGGAGAAGAUAAGCCACUACAGCGGAGGGGGGGUGACCGAUUGGGCCAGGAUGGACGACGCCUCUUUAACGGAACUGCUCACAAGGACAAAGGAUGAUCUGGCGGACAAACUGCAAAAACAGGUGGGUGUCCAGCCCACACGAGGGGGGAGAGGAGAAGCUAACCACGCUGUCUCCGUUCUCACGUGGGGGUGUCUACUUGUUUGGUUUGCAGGAGUAUGAUGGCAUGCUGUCAGCACUGGACACCCUAAGCGGGCAGCUCGCCAAGAUAGCAGCCGAGAGGCUCGAGGGCCUCCUCAAAGUAAGCGACACCACACAAACAUCCACACACACAGCCCCACAGAUCGGCCGGCCGACUCUCCUCUCCAUCUGUUCACGGCUCCUUGUUUCCUCCGUGUGUGUGUGCAGCGUUCUGAUUUGGGCCGGGCCUUGAACCAACGGCUCAAGAAGGCGGGCAACGAGCAGGUCAAGGAUCGCAGCAAGGAGCUGGUGUCGGAGCUCAUGACCCGUAUCAAGGGCUGCCGAGACACCCACACACAUCAUGAUGCCAACGACUGACCAGCCAACCGACCAGCCAGCCAACAAACGCAUCAACGCACUGCUGAUGGAUAGUUCCGAUCGAGCACGGGUGGGUAUUUUUGUGUGAUGGCAACCAGAGAGAGAGGGAGACAGACAGGCACUGUAGUCCUCGUCGCCUCGCGAAACGCGAGAUUUUUCUUCCCUCACCCUCACGUGAGCUGAGCGGGAGAUUGACUGAGGGAGGGAGGGAGAGAGGGUGCAGUGUACAGUGUAGAUCUGCAGAUCCAGGCCGGCAUGCGUGUGAUGGCACCUGUGGUGUGGUGUAUGUGAUGUGGGACGCAAAGUCCGUCAGUCGGAUUGCAAAUUCUUCUC